AAAAAACCUCACACUGAUCACUCAUUUGAUUACUGCUCAAAUCUCAAUGCUAUGCUCAUUACGUUUUAUUCACAAAGUACAUUAUUAAACUGGUUUUAUUUAAUAAUAUAACAACAACCACAACAAUGAGCAAAAAAAUGAGAACUCGUAAAUGUGAAAUUUGCAAUAUAAGAACCGGUAAAGCAGGCAUGCUUAUGUCAAGAUUUCCCAAGGAUGAAAAAAUUUGUAAAGAGUGGGUAAGAGUUACUGGAGAAGAAGACUUGGCAUACAUCCCUAUAGAAAAACUGAAUACAUUAAAAUUUGUAUGUGAAGGUCAUUUCAAGUAUAAGGAUUUUUGCCGUAAAAAGACAAAAUUAAAAAAAAAAGCAAUACCCUCAUUAAACUUGACUUCUAAACCGUUAGGGGAUGAUAUACUGGCUGAUUUCCCUCUCCACAUGUGGAAAAGUAAUACACCAGAAAAAAAAUCACAGGAGGAACAUAAUUAUUUUGAAAAGAUACAACCUACUAGUAGAUGUGGGAGUACUCCUUUGGAGACUGGUCAUGAAAGGGGAAGUCCCACUUUAGAUACUGGUUGUGAAAAUGGAAGUGCCACUUCAAACGCUGCGCCAACUCAAGAGAAAUUAAGCAGCCCUAGUGAACCUAUGCAGAACCCUCCACAUGUAAUAUGGGAUUACUCAGGCGGAAUACUGCAAUUAAUUAUGUUCCCUGUUGAGCCGGGGUGUGUCAUAAAAUUCGGAGCCCAAGGCCAAUAAGGGAAGCUACAAGCCCGGCCGGUGCAUGGUGAAUUCAUGAAGCUUGUAAUUGCUCCACACAUUUAGUUGAUAAAGUUUUAAUAAUAAGUUUUGAAAAAUUAAAAGCAAUUUAUAUGA